AUAACACACAAUGUGCUUUGAAGCUCCACCCUUCUUUGAAUGGCUCAAGCCAUCUCCUCCUCCAUCAUCAUCAUCAUCAUCAUCGUCAUCGUCAUCAUAUGAUACCAUGAUGUUCUCUAAACUCCAUCAUCACCACAAUCAAGAACAAGAUUUCCCCCACAAAACUAUUCAAUGCCUACCCCUACUCAGUCAACUACUUGGUGAAGAUGAAAAAGACAGAGUUUUGAAGAUCAAGGAGGAAGAUUAUAACUUACAGAAAGUGACGGUGGCACUGCACAUUGGGUUACCAAGUUAUGGUACAGAAAUUGCAAGAGAUUCAAUGAUCACUAACAAGUUCUUCGAUGAGUUUAAGGAAGAAAAAGAUGAUCAGAAGAACUCAGAUAUGAAGGUGCAGUUUAAUAUUACUAAUAACGAUGGAUAUACAGUUAACAAUAAUCAUGAUCAGACUAGGUUCUGGAUACCGACACAAUCCCAAAUCCUUGUUGGACCUAUGCAAUUCGUUUGUUCGUUAUGCAACAAGAGCUUUAAUAGGUACAACAACAUGCAGAUGCACAUGUGGGGGCAUGGAUCUGAAUAUAGGAAAGGACCGGAAUCACUGAAAGGGACACAACCAGCAGCCAUGCUAAGACUUCCAUGUUAUUGUUGUGCUCCAGGGUGCAAGAACAAUAUCAACCACCCUCGAGCCAAGCCCUUGAAAGAUUUCCGUACUCUCCAGACACACUACAAGAGAAAGCAUGGGGCUAAACCGUUUACGUGUAGGAAAUUUUGUACAAAAAGGUUUGCGGUCAAGGGGGAUUGGAGGACACAUGAGAAAAACUGUGGCAAAUUGUGGUACUGCAAUUGUGGAUCGGAUUUUAAGCAUAAACGAUCACUCAAAGACCACAUUCGCUCUUUCGGAAGUGGCCAUUCUCCAAAACCAGCGUGGCUUGAACGGUUCGAUCAUGAUGAGAAAGAAUGUAUUACAGGUUCUGAAGAUGAAAUCAUGCAUUGAUCGUAGCUAAUUACCAAUGAGAGUAUGCAGGGGCUGAUGCUAUUGGCACUUUGAAAAUUGCGUGCUAGCAACAAUUAUCAGAGUUCUAGUAGGAUCACUUUUUUAUAUCUUCAAGUAGGAGUGUUACGUUGUAAUAAGGAAGGAGAAUCUUCUUAAAGCCGUGAAGUCGAUAAAUUUUCAUCUCUUGAUAAGUAAGAGGAUCCAAAAGGAUAUACGAAAUGCCUUUCUGAAAAUUUAUCAGCUUCAUAGCUAAUAGCUGAUCUUCACCAUAUAUAUGGGUGUCUUUUGGUUUUUGUAUGCUUAACUAAUUUCUUUCACUUUAUUUUCAAGCACUGUAUUUGGGGA